AUGGUGGUUAUUCAUGUUCCAAUCAUUUUGCCCUUUACUAAUAAAUAUUAUCAGCAGAAAAUAUUUCAAAUGGAUGAACGAGAAGCUCUGAUGGAGGCGUUUCCUCACCUAAUUGUAUGCUGUAAUUUUACUCAUUACAAAGGGUUUAUUAGUGUUGGGGGUACUGAUUUCCUGACAUCUAUUUAUGUCCCAAAUUAUCCGUGUUUGGCAAAGAUGACCCUUAAGUGUUCUUGGCCUGUUAGCCAAUUACUUUCAGGUCAUGAUACAAUGUUGAAAGAGUGGAUCCAAAGUGAUACGUUAACUUCAUUUCUAAAAAAAUUGAAAAACCUAUUGGAAUUAGAAAUGAAGAAAAAACCAAUAGUUAAUGAAUGCCAGGAAGAUUUUAUAGUGGCGGAUAGCUUUAAAUUGUUAAUGUCUGACUUGAAGAAGAUAAAGUUUCAUAAUAUAGUGUCCUUUUCUUCGUGCUUGAAGAAAAUUCAAUUGCAAAAAGUGGAUGCUUCUAAUCGAGUACAUAUUAUUGACAUGUCUGUUGGAGAAGCAUAUCCUCUUGAUGUUGUACAAAUUCAAGCUUUGUUGCCAGAUGCAGCCCUUGAAAUAAUACGCAAGAAUUCAAGAGUGGAUAAGAUAUAUAACAGUUUUGUUGAGCAAGUUAUUUAUCUGCAGAGAACUUGGGAUGAUCUUGACUUAAUAGAUGCAAAUUGUUGUGUUUUGGAUCCAGAACAUCCAACUAGAAAAGAUAUGGGACGAAGAAUACUAAUUGGAAAAAAUGUUUCCAUUUAUUUAAAUAUGAGUUAUGAAGAUGUCAGUGCUGUGCCAAGUAUUACGGUUCUUGGGCCUGAGCAGUCUGUUCAACAGUUCCAAUCCACUCUAGCAAGAAACGAAAAGCUAUGGGAUUCUGACUCUUCAACUGUAGACAAUUUGAAGAAGGUGUUGGAUUUAUCUUCAUUUCCUGCGAGAGAAAAUCGUUGUGCAGACAUUUCCCUGGUACACCAAGAAGAAUGCUUGAUAUGUUUUGCACUCUGGAUGGAUGGGGAAAUGCCAAAUUUAGUGUGUGAAAAUACUCGCUGUGGAAGUCCUUUUCACACCACGUGCUUAUUCCAGUGGCUUCAAACUGUCUCAGGAAAUUAUCAGAGCUUUAAUCAAGUACAUGGAGACUGUCCAAAUUGUGGCAUGGCAAUAUCAUGCCCAGUACCAAAAUAAUUGCAUUUAAUGUAAGAUUGCAAAUUUCUUAUCAAUUUGAGAUGUCAACUACUGAAAAAAGAAGAGAAAAGGUAGGAGGAGAGAACCUCAUGAAACCAUUUUACACUGGAGUGAAUGAAGAUCAUUGAAGUAUACUCCACUGUUUAUCCUUACUUUCAGGUGUUGAAAUUGUGUGUACGUGUGUGUUUUCCAGCCAUUGUAUAGUUUAUUGCAUUUUUUAAUUCAGUGUAAGUUACUUUUUAUUAAAAGAUACUAUACAUAUUACUGUUUUUAU